AUGGAUCUUGACUACGCACUUAGGGAGAAGGCUCCAGUUCCCUUGUCCUCUGAUGAUGAAAACCUUGCUGAGAGAACUAAGGUUUAUGAGGCUAACAAGGAGAAAUGGGAGCGCUCCAAUCGAUUGUCCCUCAUGAUCAUGAAAAGCACAAUUACUCUUGGGAUUAGGGGAGCUAUCCCCGAUUCCGAAUGUGCUAAGACUUAUCUGGCAUCGGUGGAGGAACAAUUUAAAUGCUCCACAAAAGUCUAUGCCAGUACACUGAUCAUGAAAAUGCUCACCAUUAAGUAUGAUGGUGCAAGCGGUGUGAGAGAACAUAUCAUGACUAUGAACGAUAUGGCCACAAAAAUAAAGGGCAUGGACAUGGAGAUUUCUGAGGGCUUCUUGGUUCAUUUCAUUAUGACCUCCCUUCCUGUGGAGUUUGGUCCAUUCAAGAUCAACUAUAACACACAGAAGGAGAAGUGGGCCAUGGGUGAGCUCACGGCUAUGUGCGUUCAAGAAGAGGAGCGACUUAAGAUUGAGAGAAAAGAUUACGCUCAUCUUACUUCCAUGAACUCAGGGAAGAGAAAGUUUAAUGGUGAAAAUAAGACUCAGAAAAAAUUAGGUCCUUGA